GCUCUGCAAUGCGCUCUGAAUUGCUUUGUGAACACUAAUGAUGUUCUUUCGUUGCGUCUAUAAUUUCAGAAAUGAAAAAUGCAGCCGAGGCAAAGGCGCAAUGCAAUGUGCCAGGCACCGUAUCCGAGGCCUCAGUGUCAGAUGAAACCGUGGAAGCUUGCACAUCUAGUCUCUCCUCAGUGCAAUAUGAGAAGACUGACCCAGUAGGUGCCUCCAUAGAAAAUGAAUCGGCCUGCAUGCCUGUUCAAGAAUCACAGCCUGGCUGCUCUAAAGACUCCGCACCGUGGCCCCAUGUGGAAGAGCCCCCACUUGACAGCCCAGUGGUUGCCAUGGAGAAAGAGAUCCGCCAUACUGAAUGCGGCCAAGGGAAUUGGAUGCACUUUUCCGAACUUCUGCUUGGUGGCCUCAAUGCGAAAAGCGGUCGCGUCGAAAAUCUGCCAAAGUUGUUGCAUGAACGUCGCCCAAGCGGGGCCUUGCAGGCAAGCAAAGUCAACACGCUGCCGGCACCUAUGGCUGCCGCAGAGCUCGGGGAGCGGAGAGGACCACCAGCGCCACAGUAG